AUGCUGUCAACAGUACUUGAUUUGAGCUCAAUUGAAGUGUGGCCUCCCAGGGAGUCCUUUUCUUCAUUGUUCUAUUCAAGUUCAAGGAGAAGAACGUAUCAUGAUUGCAAGUAUAUCCUAUCAAAGUCAUCCCUAGGGACAGGAUCUUAUGCUACGGUUUACGAGUGCAAAAGAGUUGGAGAUGGAUACAAGAAUAGGAGCCAGCAUUUUGCUAUUAAGAAAAUUGAGAAACGAAAGAUGUAUGGCAGGGAAUUUGUUGUUCAAAAUGAGUUUAGGAUAUUGAAGUUCAUUUCAUCGUUAUCAUCGUCGUCGUUGAUUAAAUUGGUUGACUAUUUUGAGACGGAUGAGAAUUUAUAUUUGGUAACUCAGUUAUGCAAAGGUGGAGAAUUGUUUGAUUUGAUUUUGAGUCAUAAUAAAUUGAAUGAAAGAAAUACAAGGGUGAUUGUCAAGUCAAUUUUAAAUUCUGUUUUAGUUUUGCAUCAUAACAAUAUAAUCCACCGAGAUUUGAAAAGCGAGAAUAUUUUGUUUAGUUCGAAUUUACAAAACUUGUCUGAUAUUUUAAUUGUUGAUUUUGGGUUUUCUAUGAUCUAUGAUAAGAAGCAGGGUACAAAUGAGAAUGGUGGAACAUUAUCAUAUAUGGCACCGGAGCUAAUUGAUAAAACAAUCGGAAAACAGAGCUUUGCUAUAGAUGUUUGGUCCAUUGGAGUAUUAACAUAUUUUUGUUUGUGUGGAUAUUUCCCAUUUGAUUGUGAAAAUGACGAUGAAACCAAAGAGGCCAUAUUAACGUCUGAUUAUUACUUUGAGCCAAUUGAAUAUUGGAACCACAUAUCAAACGAUGCAAAGAAUUUUAUUAACCAAUGUUUUAUCAUAGAUCCUUUAAAGAGACCUUCGGUUGAGGCACUAUUGAACCAUCCAUUUAUUAGU